AGUGUUUGAGAGAGCUCUGAGGAUCAAGGUGUGAUGAAAAGUGGGAAUUUGGGUUAGGGAAAGAAAUACUGAUUCUUGUGGAGUAACAGAAAAUACAGGACUGUCGCGUCUGUCUGCCUCACUGACAGUUUGUUAUAAAGCGCUGUUCUAAACUGUUCUCCAUCGCACCAUUGGCCAGGUCGCCUUGUUCUGCCAGUCAUCACAGCUGCCAACUAGAGCUAUGGGUGAAAUGGAGAAGAUGAAAAAGGAGGUGGAAACCUUAAAGACACAAAUUGAGACAGCACGCAAAGCUGCUCAUGACACAGAUUUGGUUGCUGCUGCAUCUGGAGUGACUCUUACACCCACCAUACAGCUGAAGACCAGGAAGACACUGAAAGGCCACUUGGCCAAAAUCUAUGCGCUGCACUGGGCCACAGAUAGCAGGCUAAUGGUCAGUGCCUCACAGGAUGGAAAACUCCUUAUUUGGGAUACUCACUCAGGAAACAAGAUCAAUGCGGUUCCUCUGAAGUCCUCGUGGGUGAUGACCUGCGGAUAUUCCCCGUCUGGAAACCUUGUGGCCAGUGGCGGUCUAGACAACAUGUGCACCAUUUACAACCUGAAGACACCUGUGGUUAAGAUAGUAAAAGAAUUAGAUGCCCACACAGGUUACCUCUCUUGUGCUCGCUUCCUUAAUGACGAUGAGAUCCUCACUUCCUCUGGUGACACCACCUGUGCAUUGUGGGAUAUAGAGUCUGGCAAGCAGAAGAUAGUUUAUCUUAACCAUGUGGGAGAUUGCAUGUGCCUGGCUCUGUCUCCUGAUAUGAACACAUUCAUUUCCGGGGCCUGUGACUCGCUGGCCAAACUGUGGGACAUUAGGGAUGGAAAAUGCAAACAGACAUUCCAGGGUCACACCAGUGAUGUCAACGCUAUUGCUUUCUUGAAUAAUGGAAAUGCUUUCGUGACUGGUUCAGACGACUGCACCCUCAAGAUGUUCGACAUCCGCUCUGAUCAGGAAGUGCUAACAUAUGAGGAUGGCCAAAUGAACAGCGCUGUGACAUCACUUGCGCUCUCCAUGUCAGGCCGCCUUUUAUUUGCUGGAUAUGACAACUUUAACUGCAACAUCUGGGACACGCUAAAGGCUGAGAAAGUUGGAGUGCUGGCUGGGCAUGAUAACAGAGUGAGUUGCACCGGAGUUCCACAAGAUGGCAUUUGUGUGUGCACUGGCUCAUGGGACAGCUUUCUGAAGGUCUGGAACUGAUCUGGUCCAACAGACCCCAAAAAAGAGAAAUGAAAUGAAAAGAAAGAAAUGAAAAAAAGAGAGGAUAGAUAUAAACAGGAAGAAGUAGAAAGUCUAAGAAAAAAGCAACUGAUGAAAAAGAUAAUGGCAUCUGUCAGACAGUAAAGUCACCAAACCCUUUCUGUCCCUUUCUCUCUUUUUCUUCACCUACAAGUCCUGGGAAAUUAACAAGUAAUAGAAACGUCCUAUCAAAUUCCAUAAAUCAUAGCGUAUUAACACAAGAGGAGUAUUAUCACUUAAUGAGCAAGAUAUAAAAUAGUACAGGUUAAGUUUAUAUGGGACAACAAUAAAUGUUAAAUAUAUACAUUAAGAUUUUAUUGUACAUGAUAAAACUAAGUUAUUAUCUUCUUAUUAUUCUUUGGAAUGUGAAUCAGUGACUAAGGAUGAGAACAGAAUAUUAACACAUAGACUUGAGUACAGCAUUUGUUUAAAUAGAAGUUUCUGUGUAUAUAAUUAUAUUACAAAAGAAAACUUGCAGAGUUUUGUCCCACAGUGAAUCUUAAGAGAGAUCCAGGUUGUCCGGGCCUUUUGUUUUUAUUUAGGUACUUUACCCUCCAGAUGCGACACCUGUGUUUGUUGUAUAACUAAAUGUUUCUGUUACAUACAGUAAUCACCUUUAUCCAGUUUCACACCUACACAAUGAUGUAGUUUUCUUACAAGAUCUUUAAAAAAAAAAAUUAACGGC